AUGGCCCACAGAGGCAAUGUAUCAACGCAAGCUUCCUCCUCGUUUCUCCAUCUUGCCCGCUCAUUCAACCUUACACAAAUGGUAAAAGAACCCACGCACGGGAUGAAUAUAUUGGACAUACUGCUAACUUCCGAACCAUCCAUUAUCGCUGGGCCCCGUACACUACCCCCGUGUAGCACUUCGGAUCGCCGUCGACUUAAAUCAAAAUUGUUGAUGCAUCCACUAUGUUCAAGAAACAACUGUGAAUCAAUAGUCAAAUCACUUAGGGAGAUUGAUUGGAUAGGUCUCAUCAACUUUUGCAGUAGCACGAACGCCAUUUAUAAGCGUUUAAUCAAAAGAUACGUUCCGGUUUCCCGUCGCAAAGACACUUGUAAAGGGUACUCGAAGCGUAUACGAUAUUUGAAAGCGAAAGCUGAUUAUUUUUAUUCCAGUUCUUUAUCAGUGCGCCAGAGUGAAUACAAAAGAUAUUCUGUGGAACUCAGAAAGGCCCUUGUUCGCCGACAAAUGCUGAAGGAAAAUGACUUAGCCUCCAGCAAGAACACCAAGCGCUUUUUCAGUUACUGUAGAAAGAAUCUCAAAUUGGCUGACUCAAUUCCGAAUUUAAUUUCACAGGGUGUCGUG